CAGAGCGCGCAGCGCGGCGCCACGGGAGGACACGGUGCGCGCUUUUUCGUUGUUUUCAGUGGACUUUACGCAGAUGAAAUAGCCACCUCUUGGUUUCUUUUUGUUUUAACUGCAACGCCGUUUCAUUCCUGUGGCUAAAAAAACUGCAACUCGGUCAGAAUUAAAGUGUGGCUUGGCACAGGGGAGGAGAGAGACACCGAUCAUCCCGGGACCGGGAGUGGAAACCUGUCCCCCGAGCGCAAAGGGAAUAUCGGAGUCGCUCGCUGUGUGACAGCUUCGUGGAGACAGCGGGGGGGGACUGACUGCGAAGUGUCCCCCACGAGUGGACUGCUGAGACCAAAAAAGUGUGGUGGAGGGUUGCCCCCCCACACACAGCCACCCACCCACCCACCCCCUCUCCAAUGCGUCGCUUCCCCGCAUCCUGAUGGACUGAGAACGGUGGCAUUUUUUGGGGAAUAGCCUUCCCUCUUUUUUUUCUUUUUUUUUUCCAUCAGUUUUACCCGAUAUCUCAGCCCGAAAUGCUGCCCUGUAUUAUUUCCAUCGCCUUGUUUGUCACUGCGGUCCAAUCCCAAGAUAUCCAUCCCUCACAGGCAUCAUCCGCGAUUAGCGAGUCUUGUGACUCCCUGUGCUCCUGCGAGUGGAAAGAUGGCAUCCUUCAUCUUAACUGCGAGCAGAGAAACAUCAGCAAGAUCUCCCAGAUCAGAGUCCCGGCAGGUGUGCCCUUCCACCUGAACCUUUACAAAAAUGACUUGGUUGAGCUGCGUGCGGAGGAAAUGGAAGGGCUUAACACUGCCCUGUCGCUGCACAUCGGGGGUAACAGCAUACAGGAGCUGGAACCGGGGGUCUUCAGCACUCUGAGUUCGCUGAAGAAACUCCACAUCAAUAGCAAUUUCCUCGUCACCUUGAAAGAGGACACUUUUCAAGGCCUGGUGAAUUUGGAGUUUCUCCAGGCCGACACUAAUUUCAUCCGGGUCAUCGAGCCGGGGGCCUUCAACAAGCUGAUCCGCCUCAAGGUCCUCAUCCUGAAUGAUAACGCCAUCGAGUUUUUGCCCAACAACAUUUUCCGGUUCGUGCCCCUCACACACCUGGACCUGCGUGGGAACCAGCUCCAGACACUGCCCUACGUCGGGUUCCUGGAGCACAUCGGAAGGAUAAUGGAACUCCUCCUCGAGGACAACGACUGGCUCUGUGACUGUGACAUUUUACACUUGAAAAUAUGGAUGGAGAACAUGAGGGCCCAGUCGGCAAUCGGGGACGUGGUCUGUAGCACACCGCAGCACCUGAAGGGAACCAUCCUGGCAAAGGUGAAGCGGGACGUCCUGUGCCCGUCCCACGCGGACAUCAACCUGGAGGAGCCGUCAAAGUCACUGGAUAUGGUUGUCACUCCCUCGUCCAAAGGGUCUCAGAAUCCGAAGUCCAAAGACGACGCCAAGGCCCCGACCCCCUCCCACGUCCCUGGCAGUCCCUGUGUGGAACACUGCUCCUGCCACAAUCACCCCGUGGCUGGGUUUCUGAUGCAUUGUCAGGACAGAGGAAUCCAAAAGGUGUCAGAUAUCGGAAUACUCCAGCAGAGCCCCACGAAGCUGGUCAUGACGGGAAACAUGAUCCAGAAGCUCUUGAAAUAUGAUUUUGUCACGUACGACAGUUUGGAAUUGCUCAACCUGGCGAACAACAGAAUUGAUUACGUGGAUAAUGAAACCUUCCUCAGCCUGAGCAGUUUGAAAAAGCUCUACCUGAAUGGCAACAGGAUUGAAAAGCUGUCCUCCACAAUGUUUGUGGGGCUGCACAACCUUGAGUACCUGUAUCUGGAAUACAACCUUAUCAAAGAGAUCGCUCCGGGCACAUUUAAUCCCCUGCCAAACCUGAAGCUCUUGUCAUUAAACAACAACCUGCUCAGCUCUCUCCCGGCGCAGAUAUUUCGCAACGUGCCCCUCACCAAGUUAAACCUGAGGAAAAAUCUACUCAUGCACCUGCCAGUAAGCAACGUGCUCGAUCAACUCGACGCACUCGAGCAGAUUUAUUUGGAGGACAAUCCCUGGGACUGCAGCUGUGACUUGCUCAGCCUCAAACAGUGGGUGGAGAAGCUCCGGAAGGACACGGUGGUGGGUUCCAUUUUGUGUCACACCCCAAAGAAUGUGAUGGAGGCUGAGCUGAGGAGCCUGCGUCACGAGAUGCUGUGUCCUGGUCUGGGGACAUACUACCCGGGUGAGGAGGAGAGUGUGACAGCCACGCUGGGGCCUGACAGCAUCGGCAAGGGUUUGUUCAGCCCCCUCACGGACACUGUCCCACUCUCUGUGCUCAUCCUGAGCCUCCUCAUUCUCGCCCUCAUGGUAAUAUUCUGCUCCGCCGGGCUGGUGGUGUUUGUGGUUCACCGGCGGCGAACAAGGGCCAAGAAAAAAGCGUCGGAGGAGCCACCGAGAGAAAACACCAACAGUAGUCCCAUCCACUUGCAUUACAGCAUGUAUGGGCAAAAAACCACGCACCACACGCUGACCCAAAGAACUGGGUCUGCUACUCUGUACGAGGACAGAUCACACAGUCCCAUUGUUCAGAUCUGCCGCAACCCCACCUACUGCUCGCAGCACAAGGAACAUGACGCAGAUCUGGAUUAUGGCCUUGACGAGCCCAGCGGCAAGCAUCACGUCUGCCGGAGCAUCAUGGAGAAAGAGAACACUUCUCCCCUGACGGGGAACCCCGGCUCAAAGUUCAGACCCAUGACCGGCGAGUGCCCCGCGGAGUUUGUCACGCUUGGGAACCCCAACUCUUUGUACAGGAACAUCCUGGAGAAGGAGAAGGAGCUGCAGCAGCUCGGAAUAACCGAGUACCUGCGGAAGAACAUGCCCCAGCUCCAGUCCGCUGUGGACAUGCAUGUCCCGGGGCACCAGGAGGAGUUAAAGCUGAUGGAGACAAUUAUGUACUCGAGGCCGCGCAAGGUCACGCUAGAGCAAACUAAGAAUGAGUACUUUGAACUUAAGGCUAACCUGCAUUCUGAGCCAGACUACUUGGAAGUGCUGGAGCAUCAAACUACAUUUAACUGAGCUUAGGCAGAAAGAAAAAAAGAAAUAUAUAUAUAUAUUGUGUUUUGAACCAAGUGCCUUGUCCCGUUUGCCCUGCUGUACGUUCCACAGUGUGAAAUAUGUAUCAUGGGCACAUCACUUUAAGUUUCACAGUAGCACAGAAUGUAACUGGGUUAUUUUUGUUGUUUUGUUACUAUCUAUUGACAGCCAUUCUAUGUAGCUGGUGAAAGGUGUCAUAUAUAUAUUUUUUGGGGCCAAAUGUAACUUACAGGAAGCCGUCGCCGUCUGUUGAGCAGGCCUCUUUGGAAUCCACUAAAUCAAGGUUUUAUGAUUGAUUAAAUGUUCAUGGCUUUAUCACAGCCAAAGGAAUUGAUCCCCCCCACACACACACACACACCCUACAUCGGAGGAUAAAGCAGAUGUUUGGGAAGAAACGAGUGAAUUUCAAUCACCACUUGACCCAGAAAUGCUGUUAAAUAGGUCUAUCCUGGCUCAGUGUGACCUGAUUAGACCCCCCCCCCCCCCCCCCCCGUCAACACAAGCCAGAUGGAAAGCUGAAACCAGAAUGCUCAUUGUGCCGUGGAGUCAGCAAAAACGUCAACUGUACAUUUGACGGACCUAUAGCGCCGCGCCGCUGCAGCCACGGGGGACGUUUUAUUUAUUUUUAUACAAACUGGUGAUGUGUUUGCGGACAGUUACGCUUUGUUUUCUCUCAAUCGGUAAAUAGAGCACUUAAAAAGUACAGUAUAUGAUACACGACUGUAAUCUUGUACAAAAUGCAUUGCACUAAUCAAAUGCCAUAAGAUGGUGCAUGACAAUCAACGUCCUGCUGAAACUUUACAUGUUCUGAUUUGUUUUCAUUUCUGCCAGAAAAAAAGAAAAAUGAACUCGACAUGUGUAUGAUUUGUGUGUUUUUGUGUGUGUGAGAGCGAGAGAUGGCGUUUGAUGUCCCUGUUUUGUGUCCGACUAUAUUCAAAAAGCAUUCAGGAGCGUCGCACACUCUCCUCCGUGGAACUGUUCUGAACUGAUCCCAGGGCGGCGGGGGGGGGGGAGGAUAUUAAUCUAUUAGCACAUGAAUGGUUACUGACGAGCAACGUUACUACCCCCCCCCCAAAAAAAAAAAAAAACACAAACUCAGCUCGUGCUCAAACCAGUGGACUGCUGGGAAGUGACAUUUUUUGCAACUGUGGACAUGUCUGGGAUUUAUACCGCACACUCAUUCAACUUCGAAAAACGGUUCAUGUAAGCACACACUCUGUAGCUUUUCUACGUAACUAGAUUGAAUUAUUUAUUCUGUAUAUUUUGUAUAUACUUCUGUUCCAUUAUAUCUUUAUGUUUUUUUUUGUGUGCCUUCAGUGCUUGUACAGAAUAUAAACAGAAGUUGUAACUGAUAAAGAGGAAAUAAAGAAAUUGCAAUGUCA